GGCAUUUAUGCGGCCACUGUUCGACACAGAAACGCCGAUUAGCCUGCUAGUCAAAAUGCUGCGGUGCCAUUCCGGGAAUGUAGCAGCUGCAGCAACUGGGACACAUCGCCAUCGCUUGUCACGAAUGAGACGAGAAGACCUGUUGAAAAUGACGCCUGUGAAGACGAAAUACACGAAGGAAGAAAUCAGUAUGUGGACGCCUCUGCAGUUUGCGGAGGUGACAGGUGCCUGGGAUUUCGUCGAAAGGAUGCUGCGAGCCGGAAAAUCAUUGCGGGAGCUGAAGGUGCUGCCGGGAGCGCUGAAGAGCACGAGCGAGGCCGUGAAGCUGGUGAACGUCUUCUGCGAAAACGAGCACUUGUCGCUGCUGAGGUACGCGCUCUCGGAGCAGCCGGAGGUGGCCGGGGCGCGCAGCGAGUCGGGGCUGACGCCGCUGCACGUGGCGGCGGGCCGCGGGCGGACGGCGGCGCUGCGGCUGCUGCUGCGGAGCGGCGCUGCCCGCGUGGAGGCGGGCGACCGCUGGGGCCGCACGGCGCUGCUGCACGCCGCGGCCGGCGGCUGCGCCGACGCGUUGCGCCUGCUGCUGGCCGCGGGCGCGCGCCACGACGCGCGGGACUACACGGGCCACACGGCGCUGCAGUACGCGGCGCGCGCCGGACACGGGCCCGCCGUCCGGCUGCUCUGCGAGGCGGGCGCCGCCCAGGACGCCGGCAGCUCACAUGGUGAAAAUGCAGCUUGA